UUGAAAGGAGUAGAGCGCGCACCGAAGGCUGUUAGGGCGCCCGCAGCAGCAGCAGCAGCAGCAGCAGCAGCCGAGUCGACGCUGAGACGAGACGUCUCCGCUCGUCCGUGCGGAGCUUGUGCCCCACCGCCUCCUCUCAUGAUCUUUGUCAUCAUCACCUCUAUUUCCUCCCUUGUCGGUUUAAUUCCUCGCUCUCUUUAUUUAUAAUAGAAAAAAAGAAGAAAAGCCCUAAACAAGCGUACGACUUCGACUUCGGCAUAAUACCGUAAGACUGGAGGAAAGGGAGGAUUGUGAGCUACAGGAGACGGAGGAGGAGGAGGAGGAUUGAUGAAUCGAAGGAGAGAACCCUGCAGAAAUUUUCAGCGCGGCAGAUGUGGUGAGGCAACAUAACCAAGGAUCAACCGGGGAAUGUCUAUCAACCGCGAUAGAAUACUCAGGUCCUUCCUACGACGCUUGUAAAUAAACAAGGAAUUCAGUCCCCCCCUGGCAGGGUAGCCUCUUCUGCUUAGCCCUUCCCAGGAGCCCUACUUUUCUCUUCCAUGCUUGUGGGAGAGGAGAAGCGAAAAAGAAAUAGAAGAAAACUCUUUGCGAUGGUGAACUUGAUGUUGCUAAGGAUGUUACUUAGUCACUUGGAUGUUACAGCCACUUGACGAGGGAGAACCUUUGCACCCUGCUGACUUGUGAGUGAUCACAGUGCUGCGUAACGUUACUGCAAGCUGAUUAGUUAACCACAUAACGUUACUGCGUAAGGUUAGCCAAGUGAUGACUAAAGAGCAUCAAGUGGAACAGGCUGAGUGGUAAGUCACUCAAGGUACUGGCCGUGUCUUUGGAAAAUAGCUGUAUAGAUGGAUUGCGAACAUUAGCACACCUUAAAGGCUGAGUGUUGUAUUAAAGGCUGAUCAUGUUCUAUGUUGACCGUAUGGCUAAGUUAUUAACCUGGCCUAGGGGAAAAACUCAAGAGAACACGAUGCUAGAAAUGGAGAUAGUAUCGAGAGGCUAGCACAUGUGAAGUGGAGACAAAUGGUUCGGAGACUGAAACUGAUAGUGGCAACUAUCAAGAGAAAAUGAUCGGAGUGAUGUUAACCGAAGAUGACAAGUAUCGGUGUUGGAGCUGUCAAUAUGGGGAUCGUUGCAAGUUUCUGCAUGUGGUUCCGCAACAAUCAAAACCCAGUACUUUUGGAUUUGGUGUUCAAAGUGCUUUGCAUUUGGGACAAAACACCCAACAACAAAAGCCCAAUCCUUUUGGAUUUGGGGUAUCGAACAACUCACAGUUAAAAGGUGCAUCGAAUCUUGGUGCCAGAAAUCAGAGCUCUUCCAGGCCAUUUGAAAAUAAGUGGACACGGUCCUCCUCAAUAGCUGCAACAACAUCAACUUCCUCUCAACAGAAUGAUUCCCAGGCUCAAGCAGCUAUUCAUAAAUGUAUGGAUCCAGAGUCAUGCAAACGCCAAAUUGUUGAAGAUUUUAAGAAUGAGGCACCUCUUUGGAAGCUUACCUGUUAUGGUCACUGCAAAAAUGGUCCUUGUGAUAUUGUUGGCGAUAUUAGCUUUGAAGAACUUCGGGCAGCAGCGUACGAGGAUGCUAGACGAGGGUUAAAUUUACAGUCAAUUGUUGAAAGAGAAAGGAGCCUACUCAAUUCCAAGUUAAUUGAGUUUGAUAAUUUGCUCCAGAAUCCCUAUGUAUUGCGAAAUCCUAGUUCUUCUGGGACAAGCCUGUUUGCAGUAACCAACAGCAAUGCAUCGUUAAUAGGUGCUCAAACGAAUGCACCACCUUCAUUUUCAAGUUUUAGUCAACUUGGGGUAUCAGCUAAUCUUGGAUCGACCAUCAGGCCUAGCGUACCAGGAACUCCACCUAGUACUGUUUUUAACGAGCCAAACUCUUUCCAGAGUAUUAGCCAAACUUCCAGUGGAUUUGCAAUGAAAUUUGGGACGUCAGGAAUUGGUAGCCAGCUGCCAACACAGCCAUCUGGAAGUUCAUUAGGCCCAAACAGUUCCAACUUCAACAACAGUGUCAGGGCUGCUGGAAAUGAACAUUUCUCAUUCCCUGCAGUCUCGCCACAGUUUAGUAGUACAAAUAAUGCAUCACCAAACUUUCUUGAUGGGCCUAAAGUUGCUUCAACUACAGCUCACCUGGCAUCUGUUAUGGAAAAGCAGAAUGUUAGUCCAGAUGACAGCAUAUGGUUAAAGGAAGAAUGGGCAAUAGGGGAGAUACCGGUAGAAGCUCCUCCAGAGAGAUUCUGUUGAAACUCAGCAUUAAAUUUGGGAGUAUAUGGUCGGGUUAAAUCCUGUUAGGGUGCUUUAUUGUUCCCAAUACCUUUUAAGUUAAUAUUGAGGUUUGCACCCGCGUAACUGCAUAUAAAAUCUCCAUUAACACUUAUAACUAGAUAUAUGCCCUGUCUGUGAUGAAGGGUGGGAGGUGGGAGCUCCUCUCUUGAUGGAUUAGGAGUGCUUUGAGAUUGGCUUUCGGGAUAAGGCUUGAUGGUUGAGGUUAUGGUAGAAAUUCAGACAUCUGUUUCACUUUGUGGAAGGUGUUCUGGCAUGCUGCUGCCCUUUGACCUUUACCCGGGCGACCUGGUACUGUAGUGUUGGAACACGCCAAGCAGCCAGGUCCUGACAGCAUCCUGAUGCAUGAGCUACUAUUUUUUUUUCUUGUUGCAUAUGAAAGAUCCACAUCAAAAACAUUCUUGCAGAAGGCAGAUUCUUGUGUACAUGCAAUAAGAAUGCUGGCAUCGAUCUACCUUAGUUUUGUAGGUCACGGUGCAGGAAAAGGAUGUCUAUAUAGGAGCAGAAUUUUAUAGACUGGUUUCAGUAGAGCCAGCAGUUAUGAUGAUACGCUUUGGCGUCGGCCGUGGCUGACUGGUUCGAAGCACCUUGUGGGCACCAGCAUUCUUGGACCGUAAGUAGUUCCACGAGCCCCCUCAUGGUACAUUACUGUAUGACGGAGAGGCUUGAUAAGGGUUUCCUCUUUGUACAAGUGCCUCUUGCCAUUCCAUGAUAUCCAUUCUGAUGUAGAGCCUCUCUUGGAUGAUCUCUGGCGACCUGAUGAUCUGCAUGCUGCAGCUGAAUUUGAAAUCUUCAUACCAGAAUGAUUCAGCAGAGAUGCCUGCCUUCACUUGUUACGUAGGGCAGACACUGUAAACAGAAAAACUGAAGACUGUGCUACUAGCACAGAGACUGUAACAGCAAACAAAGAAGUAGAACAACAGUGCCUGAAGCCAAACUAAGUAGAGCUGAUCAUCCAUGUUUGAGGAAACCUACUCCAAGCAGAUCAUCCAGCAGAAUGUGGGCAAACUCUGGAGGGAGAGGAUUACAAGGAGCAAACACAAAAUUCCCCUGAAGUGCCCGCUGUCAGCUAGUCUGUUGCAUGAUUGCUCUCAUUCGAGCCACAACAAAGGUUUGUAACCUUCGUUUCCAGGCCUGAAUAUGUUCAGGGAAGAUCUGCUGCCCUGCAAGGAGGAGGAUUAUUGAUCCAGCAGACAACAGUAGCCGAGUCCCGUGGAAACAAAAUUUCCUGACCAUGGCUGUAAUGUAUGGCUGCAUUGAACCCCACCCAGGUUGCUGUUAAUUCAGUACAGGGGACAAAACAGGAAGUAAGAAGCCUACCAGCAGCAUAUAUCAGAACCGGAUGACCCUUGCACAGCCCCAUCAAAAUUUACCAGCCAAGGCACCAAGGGUUGAAAGGAAGAGUGCUUGUGAAGCACUAACGAGCUGGCCCUGGCGCUUUGAAUGGGCGGAGGAAGAGUUAAUGAUGUUGUUACAAGGCGUAAGCAUAAUAAGAAAUCAGCUGCCUUACCAGGUCCUGUGGAGAUGUAAACUGAUUUUGUAGAACCCUCGAGCUAACCGGAUCGGUCAAGCCAUGUGUGCCAUCACUGUUUGCUCCCUCUUUUCCACCAUGGCAUGUGAUAAAAGAGGAACUCGAUGUUGCUUGAAGCUCAGCAAAUCAAUGCGAGCUGAUUCCAGAAUUGGGCAGCAAAUGGGCAAGUUACAAUCACAUGUUGAUAAUCACAGCAUACUGCAUUAUCAGGCAGCAGGCCCCUCCGGUCUAGAUCACUUCUGCAUGGAAUUUUCUGCCACCAAAAGUAUUUCACCCU